CGCGGCCGCAGCCAUGCCCGGUAGGAACAAGGCGACGUCCAACUACGGCUGCCCGGAGCUGACGGUGGGGCAGCAGGCCGGGGAGAGCGGCCGCGACGCUAGGGGCCGUUCGCCUCACGGGGAGGAGGAGGAGCGCGGGGAGCUCGGCGCUAACCUCGGCGACCCCGACAUCGUCAAAUCCCCCAGCGACCCCAAGCAGUACCGGUAUAUCAAACUGCAGAACGGCUUAUGUGCACUUUUAAUUUCGGAUUUGAAUUACUUGGAUGGUGCCCCAUCUGCGUUCUCUUCAGAAGAAGAGGAGGAUGGUGAUGAAUCUGAAGAGGAAAGUGAUGAAGAUGAUUCUGGAGCGGAGAUUGAAGAUGGGAGAGAAGGUUUUGAUGAGGACUGUGAUGAGGGGGAUGAGGAUGAGGAUGACGAUGAUGAAGAAGAUAACGAGGAUUUCAAUGAUCCCGAUGACAGCGAAUUAGAAGAGCUGGCUGAAAAGGAAGAGACGAGAAAGAGAGGCUGCACAGAAAAGCAGUCUGCAGCGGCCCUUUGCGUUGCUGUUGGCAGCUUCUCUGACCCUGAAGAUCUGCCUGGAUUAGCACACUUCCUGGAACACAUGGUUUUUAUGGGCAGUUUGAAGUACCCAGACGAGAAUGGGUUUGACGCGUUCCUGAAGAAACACGGGGGCAGUGACAACGCCUCCACCGACUGCGAGCGGACGGUCUUCCAGUUCGAUGUGCAGAGGAAGUACUUCAAAGAAGCGCUUGAUAGGUGGGCGCAGUUUUUUAUUCACCCGCUGAUGAUCAGGGAUGCAAUAGACCGAGAAGUCGAGGCUGUGGACAGUGAGUAUCAGUUAGCAAGACCCUCCGAUGCAAACAGAAAGGAGAUGCUAUUUGGGAGCCUUGCCAGGCCUGGACAUCCUAUGAAGAAAUUCUUUUGGGGUAAUGCGGAUACGCUCAAACACGAGCCUAAAAAGAAUAAUAUUGAUACCUACACAAGACUGAGGGACUUCUGGCAGCGCCAUUACUCAGCUCACUAUAUGACUUUAGUUGUCCAAUCUAAAGAAACACUGGAUACAUUGGAAAAGUGGGUGACAGAAAUCUUCUCCAAGAUCCCCAAUAAUGGUUUGCCCAAGCCCAGCUUUGGCCAUCUGACUCAGCCUUUUGACACGCCAGAAUUUCACAAGCUUUACAGAGUUGUUCCAAUCAGGAAAGUUCAUUCAUUGAGUAUCACCUGGGCACUUCCCCCACAAGAAGAGUAUUACAGAGUGAAGCCACUUCAUUAUAUUUCCUGGUUGGUGGGACAUGAAGGCAAAGGCAGCGUUCUUUCUUUUCUUAGGAAAAAGUUUUGGGCACUUGCAUUAUAUGGAGGAAAUGGUGAGACAGGAUUUGAACAGAACUCUACAUACUCCAUCUUCAGCAUUUCUGUAACUUUGACUGAUGAAGGUUACAAGCACUUCUACGAGGUGGCCCACGUUGUGUUCCAGUAUGUGAAGAUGCUGCAGCAAAGAGGGCCAGAUAAAAGAAUAUGGGAGGAAAUCCAGAAGAUUGAAGCUAAUGAAUUUCACUACCAGGAACAGACAGACCCAGUUGACUAUGUGGAAAGCCUUUGUGAGAACAUGCAGCUGUUUCCGAAGGAGGAUUUUCUGACAGGAGACCAACUCCUGUUUGAAUACAAGCCAGAGAUCAUUGCUGAUGCCCUUAACCAGCUCAGUCCUCAGAGGGCCAACCUUGUUCUGCUGUCUGCUGCCAACGAGGGCCAGUGUCACCUAAAGGAGAGGUGGUUUGGAACACAAUACAGCGUGGAAGAUAUUGACAAGUACUGGAGUGAUGUAUGGGCCAGUGACUUUGAAUUAAAUCAGGAUUUACACCUUCCAGAAGAGAACAAAUACAUAGCCACUGACUUUGCUUUGAAGGUUGCUGACUGCCCGGAGACGGAAUAUCCAGUGAAAGCACUAAGCACACAGCAAGGCUGCCUCUGGUACAGGAAGGAUGAUAAAUUCAAAAUCCCCAAAGGUUAUGUUCGUUUCCAUCUGAUCUCUCCGUUGAUCCAGCGGUCUGCAGAGAACAUAGUGUUGUUUGAUACGUUUGUAAACAUCCUUUCUCACAACCUGGGUGAACCAGCUUAUGAAGCUGAUGUUGCCCAGCUGGAAUACAAGCUGGUGGCUGGAGAGCACGGCUUAAUCAUUCGAGUGAAAGGAUUCAAUCAUAAACUACCUCUUCUAUUUCAGCUCAUCAUUGAUUACUUGGCCGACUUCAGCUUUACUCCAGCAGUUUUUGAAAUGAUAACAGAGCAGCUGAAGAAAACAUACUUCAAUAUCCUUAUCAAGCCUGAGACUCUGGCCAAGGAUGUACGUCUCCUGAUCUUAGAACACAGCAGGUGGUCCAUGAUAGACAAGUACCAGACGCUGAUGAAGGGCCUUUCCAUUGAGGCGCUCUCAUCCUUUGUUAAGGCUUUCAAGUCACAGCUCUUUGUAGAGGGUCUCGUGCAAGGAAACUUCACUAGCAGAGAAGCAAAGGAUUUCCUGAAUUAUGUUGUUCAAAAGCUCCAGUUCGCGCCGCUGGCCCAUCCCUGCCCUGUGCAGUUCCGGGUGGUGGAUCUGCCCAGCACACACCUGCUCUGCAAGGUGAAAACACUCAACAAAGGCGAUGCCAACUCUGAAGUGACCGUGUAUUACCAGUCAGGUGCCAGGAGCCUCAGGGAAUAUACCCUUAUGGAGCUGCUUGUGAUGCACAUGGAAGAGCCCUGCUUUGACUUCCUGCGAACCAAGCAAACCCUCGGCUACCACGUGUACCCCACCUGCAGGAAUACUUCAGGGAUCCUUGGCUUUUCGGUCACGGUAGCAACGCAGGCAACCAAGUACAAUUCUGAAUUGGUUGACAAGAAGAUAGAGGAAUUCCUUUCUUGCUUUGAAGAGAAAAUCAAGCAUUUAACCGAAGAAGCGUUUAGCACCCAGGUGACAGCUUUGAUAAAACUUAAAGAAUGUGAAGAUUCCCAUCUUGGAGAAGAAGUAGACAGGAACUGGAAUGAAGUUGUGACGCAGCAGUAUCUCUUUGACCGGCUUGCCCGCGAGAUAGAAGCUCUGAAGUCUGUUACAAAAUCAGACCUGGUCUCCUGGUUCCAAACUCACAGAAGCAGCAAGAAGAAGGUGCUCAGCGUACACGUGGUUGGAUUUGGAAAACACGAAGGGGAUGCAGAGGUUACAGCUGUCUCAGAAGCACAGAAUUCUUCAUCUGGUGAAAUACCUCAUCUUAAUUUCUUGCCCCCCUCCUCCCUGAUGGCUCACGUUACUUCCAUCAAGGACAUCAAAGCUUACACAUCAACUCUGAAUGUUCUCCCUUACCAUAAAAUCUUAAAAUAAAAAUGACAUCUUGCCCUGCAGUAACGUGUAAUACAGGUGCUUUCUGCAACCGCUCUUACAAACAGAUUUAUUUUUAUUAAAACAGGGCUGUAAUAUUAGCAGGGGUGAGGAAGCUUCCCUCAUGCGGUUUUCCACCAUUCCCCCCCACUCCCUCAGCACAUGCCCAGCCUCCAGCAGGAGAGAAAGGAGAGCUUUCCCUGCCAGCAGAACGAGGCAGCGUUCUCCUGUUGUGUGAGGGCAGGGGCUGCUGUUCUGUUCCAGCCGUCUUGCACAUCAUUCCUACAGUGCUGUAGCCUUGUUUAAUAGCAGUUACGUCUCCUCCAAGAAAGAACGUUGCAGUUCCCCUGUAGGAAUUAGAGGGGGUGGGGAGAAACAGCCUAAGGCGUUAAUCUGACACUGCUUUUUAAAUUUUUCUGUAUGUGUAAAAUAAAACCGAGAUGAAAUAAAAUAAAAACUAGAUUUAA